AUGCUACUUCAACUACCAACAGAGCUGAUACAGCUAGUCCUUCGAAACUGCGACACACCAACCUACUUCCAGGCAGCCUUUUCAAGCCGCAGGCUUUAUGAGAUUGCUUCUGGUAGUCGAGAAGUCAUCAUUCAUCAGUUACAUAAUACUCCUGGUUGGAAUGACGGUAUUGAAACUCAUCAAACCAAGCGUCUGUUUGGUGAGUUAAUGAGACGAUCUUAUGAACAUUUAGAUGGUGCAGAACAUUACGCCAGCCCCACCUAUGAGUAUCAAGAUCGAAUAAUUGACUACCAUGCAUCAACUCUUGAGGCACUAGAAGACAGUGUACGAGCACUGCUUGUCUUCAAAGGCCACAGUACUGUCCAUCUGGUUGGUAUGAGCGAUGGAAAUCGGACCGAAGUCCAAUUGAAAUCUCCAGGACAGGAUAUCGGGGAAAUCGAGGUUAUUCAAACUGCUUUUGAUGAAAACGGUGGAGUCUACGUGCUGCAUCGAUUCAAACCAUUCUUAGACCGAGAAUUGGAUACAGAUCACCCAUUUGUCAAACAUGCCCUAGAGUCUCACCCCAAUGGGAGUAUUCACCUGGCCUGCCAUCACUUGAAUCGCCGGAAAGAUACCAUUCGAAUGUGCGACUUUCCCGAAUGCCGAGAUUAUAGGCCACUGGCUUUGUCCGUUACCAACCACAAAAUUGCUAUAUCAUGGCAAAACACGCUUGACCCCUUUGAUCACUGCGUCGUCCUCUAUACCCAGCUCUACGACGAAGAGGAAGAGGAAGAGGAAGAUGAUUCAAGCCAACGUGGCACAGACCAAAGCAAGGGAGAUAAUCCCUGUAGAAUUAUCCAUGCCGCCCUCGAGGCUUACGUUCUGACAAGCUCUGAUUAUCAAGACCCGUCUGUCCGUCCUUCUCGGAAAACAGGCCCCGCUAUGAGACUGGCUUUCAAUGAUCGAGGCUUCCAGUUGCUCUACCACUACCGAGCUCAACACAUCUACGGGGCCUUUCAGAGACUUCAUCGCCUUCCUGGCCUCCCAGGCGAGCCAAAGCCCCAUGUUAAUGAGAACGCAUGCACUGUGCAGUUUUCGCCUUCACUCUCGCUUCAAUUCUCAAUUGCAAUACCGUUCUUCGGUACCCAUUACCUCGGUGAUAUAAACCAAGGAGAACCAUGCCAUUGGCAGUAUCUCGCCUUCGGCAUUGCCACCCACCGCGUCGAAAAAUGGACUGUGGCAUGCCUCCUGAAGUCUGAGGCAUAUACUGGCCCGCGAUGUACCCAUGUCUUGAAUCUCGACCGCGGCAGGCGUUUUGAUCACUGGCGGAUUAUGGCGCAGCUUGGUGGAUUCCGGGAAAUAUCAACUUCACAUGGCUCACCCGUGGCAACUUCACGUCGCGGAACUCGUGUGGCUGUCGCGAACUGGAAAACCCUCUAUGUCUGGACACUGAAUCCCUCGGAAUUGAUAGAGAACAAUAGCAACGGCUUUUAUCCAUCAUCAUGGGAAUCCUCUACAGGUGUCAUCGAGUUGCGACCGGUUGUCCUCCAGUUAGAGGUGGUUUGCUCACACUUGCGUUUCACGAAGGAAGACGAGCUGGCUGCGAUUACUGAUCGUGGAGUGAUGUUCCUGAAUCUCGGUUAUAGCGGAAAAGGCAGGCAGCACGCCAAGAGUGAAGAGCAAGAGGAUGUUAUCUGA